ACAACUAACAGACACUCCCCAAGAGAACUUUCUAGAACCACCGGCAACCACCAAUGUCCGCCACUGACACCACCGGCUCCGCCGCCUGUGGCGUGGAGGCGGAGAAAGAUGUCCUCGAAACUCCAGUUCUCGACUCGGAGCGACCGAAUUUGCUCCAGCGGAUAACGGAGGAGGGUGGCUAUGCUUACGUCAGGAUGGCGAUGUUAGCCUCCGGUGGGGACAUGAGGGCGGCGGAGGCGGCGAAGGAGAUGGCGUGGGAGCAAUUGCACAGCGGGCCGUGGCACUCGGUGGUCCCCGUCUGGAGAGACGCCUAUGCAAUGGCGUGCCUCCACGUGGCCAAGCUGCAUUACGCCGCCGGCGAGUUUAGUCUUGCUCUGAGAGCACUCGAUAUGGGGCUGAUCAUGGGUGGUUUGAGCUUGAGAGACGAUUUGAAUUCUGCUAUCAAAACAGCGUCGAAGAGAGCGCGUUUAACAAUUGCCACUUCGAAGCUUGGGAGCGAAGAUGAUGGGAAGGACGAUAAGCAGUCGAAACUUUUUGUCAGUGAAGAAGUUGACGUGGCGGAGUUGCAGCAUCUUUUACCAGUCAAGUCAUUGUCCUCUAAGAUGGUUGGGAGAAGAUCAUCUCUGUCCUUGGAGGCAUUCCUGCAUGACUAUUUUCUACCUGGCUUUCCUGUGAUAAUCAGUGAUUGUAUGGCUGACUGGCCAGCUAAAAGUAAGUGGAACAACAUGAACUACCUAAAAAGGAUUGCUGGUUUUCGCACCAUUCCGGUUGAGGUUGGAAAAAACUAUCUAUGCCAGGAUUGGAAGCAGGAACUUAUUACGUUUUCUGAGUUCCUUGACAGGAUUCAGUCAGAUGACUGUACUUCUGCUGACACAACAUAUUUAGCUCAACAUCCGUUGUUUGAUCAGAUACAAGAGUUGCGCCACGAUAUCAUUGUUCCUGACUAUUGCUUUGCUGGUGGUGGAGAGAUGAGGUCUCUUAAUGCUUGGUUUGGUCCUGCUGGCACUGUGACACCAUUGCAUCAUGAUCCACACCAUAAUAUACUUGCUCAGGUUGUUGGCAAAAAAUAUGUCAGGCUUUACUCUGCUUCUCUGUCAGAAGAGCUAUACCCGCAUGCUGAAUCCAUGCUCCGGAACUCCAGCCAGGUUGAUCUGGAUAAUGUUGAUGAGAAAGAAUUCCCGAAGGUUGUCAAUCUGGAAUUUUUGGACUGCAUAUUAAAUGAAGGUGAAAUGCUUUACAUCCCUCCCAGGUGGUGGCAUUACGUCAGGUCGCUUACUACCAGCUUUUCGGUUAGCUUUUGGUGGAGUGACAUUGCAAACUCAUCAGCUUCUUGACUAGAACACAUUAUUCUUCUUUUUAUCUUUCAUAUAACUUUUUCUUGUAUACCGAACAAAAAUACUACUACACAGGAAAUCUAUGAACAAAGGAUGCUGUUAUUGCUUCA